CUGGGAGACUCGUCGGAAGCCGCGCGGAGAAGACGGGGGGCGCUAGGGCCCGACGGGCGCCGAGACCUCCCGCCCCGCCCUUCGGAGGCCACGCCCUCCCGACAGGCCACGCCCCUGGUCCCCCUGGGGCCAUUCCUGGGCUGGUCCACCUCCCCCCCGCUGUCUCCUCGGGGCCGCUGUUGUGUCACACCCCCCCCAGUGGGGGCCCCCAUCUUGGAACGACCCUCGCUGGCUCCUGGAGGGGAGGGCUGGUGGCGCUUCCGGCCCUUUCCUGCCCUUUUGGGGGGCUCAGAGGUUCCUUGGCCGGGCCUGACCUCCCAAGACUUGUAUUCUUCUGCCCUCCAAAGUGGUGAUCUCUGAGGGGGGGGGCGUCUUCUGCUGUUGUCGGACCACCCCGCCCGCCCCUUUCCCGUUGCCCUCCCGUGGAUGCCUGCGCCUCCCCGGCCGCCAUCAUGGGCAAGGUGCUGUCCAAGAUCUUCGGCAACAAGGAGAUGCGGAUCCUGAUGCUGGGCCUGGAUGCGGCGGGCAAGACCACCAUCCUCUACAAACUGAAGCUGGGCCAGGCGGUCACCACCAUCCCCACCGUGGGCUUCAACGUGGAGACGGUGACGUACAAGAACGUCAAGUUCAACGUCUGGGACGUCGGGGGCCAGGACAAGAUCCGGCCGCUCUGGCGGCACUACUACACGGGCACCCAGGGCCUGAUCUUUGUGGUGGACUGCGCGGAUAGGGACCGCAUUGACGAGGCCCGGCAGGAGCUGCACCGCAUCAUCAACGACCGGGAGAUGCGGGAGGCCAUCAUCCUCAUCUUCGCCAACAAGCAGGACCUCCCCGAUGCCAUGAAGCCGCACGAGAUCCAAGAAAAGUUGGGCCUGACGCGGAUCAGGGAUAGGAAUUGGUACGUUCAGCCGUCCUGCGCCACCUCGGGCGACGGACUCUACGAAGGGCUGACUUGGUUAACAUCUAACUAUAAAUCCUAAUGAUUACUUAAACAAAACACUAUUAUUAGUCUUCGAGAGAGUUCGGGGGGGGGGGAAAUGAAUACUGUGUGGCUUCACAGAAAAGAAUUCUUCAUACUAAAAUGUUCAGAAAUUAAGCAUCCGUAGGAUUAUGAUGGUUGCUCACUUUUUCUCCAGUUACCGCCCUCUUCUUCUGCACACUUGACUGGACCUCCAGUUUAAUACGAUUCUUGCUUGGUGUUAAGAUGCUCUAGUCUUCAACUGUGAAUGCCCACAAGCACUAGUUUCUGUGGCAGACUUCCAGCAGGGAGAGAGAGGACGCAGGUUAUAGCCCUUUUUCCUCUCUUGAGAGAGCCCUUGUCCCGUUCGUUUGACUUAAUUUGUUUGAGUCCAGGGGCUGAGAUGUCACUUUUUUUAAUACAUGCUUUCUUAUUCUACUUCCCACCCCCACCCUCCAUUAUCAUUGGCUGUAGAUUUGCUUCUUUUUGCGUCCUUGCGGAAUAUGUUAUUAGGUUUCUGUUAUCUAGUAAACUGCAAACCAUUGUUUAUGAACAAACUGCAUUCUGUUCUCUUUAUGGCAAAAGUUUACUUGUAAUUAAGAAGAGAAUUAAAAUAUUGAUCUCGUUUAUCUGGUAAUGGAUAGUUAGAAAGAUACCAUUUGGGAUAAAGGUGUGGUUUCUUAUCGGGCCUGGUAUUUACUAGGCCUGACAUUGAUGAAUGCAAGAACCAUGACAAAAUGUUAGCUGUAGAGAGUUAUGAACCAAGUACCAUGCAUGAAUAAGGGUGCAAAUAAGGUUCCAUUCUAAAUAGCAACCAUAUGCAGGAUGAUUCAAGACUGCUGUCAAGCCUGUAGUUCCUGUAUUUUAUAUCGUAAGGUUAAUUUUUCAGCUGCCAUAUUAAGUAGUUACAUUACUCUUGGUGCAAAAAUGUUUUAUUUCCGUAAGACACAGCAAUAAUUUGUAAGCAUCACUGUGGGACGUGUGAAGGUUUUUCUAAAAAAACAACAACAAAAAAGCAAACACACAUAAAGCCUGUAGUCAACUUGAAUGUUAAAACUAUUCCUGUCUUAACAAUUGAGAUCAAAACGGCAGUAUCAUAAUUGGUCCGAAAGCUUCUGAGAACUUAAGUAGAAUAUUUUAGGGUUUGGGGUUUUUUGCUUCUAAGACACAGCUUUAAUGGUGUUGGGAACUGUGUCUGCUCCUAUAUCAUGAUUUGAAUCUAUCCUUCUUUGAACGUAUUGCAGCGUCAUCAGAAUGAAAGCAAAGGGGUGUGAUGAUCUCGUUUUGCAGAUGCCAUUAACUUAGACGAAGUAGCUGAGGCACUGGUGUCUGGAAACUCCCAUCUCUUUCACUUCCUGCAAAACUAUUCGUUCAGGUAGUUAACAGCCAAGUUCUGGGCUUCUGCUCUGCUAGUACUUUAUUCGAUCUGUGUUGGGCUCCUUAACCACACAGUCCUAUGCGGAGUAACUCCAUUCUAAAACCCGUCGAGAUGGAUGGGCUCAGAUUGGAGCAACUGCGUAGGAUUGUACUGUUAAUUUCAUAAAGCCCUUCAGAAGAGUAGUUCAUGAGUGUGAAACGGAGAGUGAGCAAACGACUAUGAAUGUAAACUUCCAGGUUUCGUUCUUAAAGGGCAGGCAUUUUCUUUUGCCAUAUCGCAGCUUUCGCAUAUGUCUGAUUUUUAGUUGUUACGUGGUCGGGUGGGGAAAUGAUUGUGAAUUCAGGUUAGCGUAAGAAUGGUUUCAAUCAAGUAUUAAUACUGGGUGCAUAAAUGUAAAGCAGCUGGUUCUUAUUCAGCCUUAAGGAUUAUUUUCAGAUUUCCUCAAGGAGUAAAACUCGUCUGAGGAAUUUUAGGAAUGUAUUGCUACAAAACCAGAAGAAAAUUGCUUUUUUCUAAAGGGUAUAAGUUUAAAAUUGGGGCAUUACGCUACACUUCUACAGUGUUGAUUUUGCUGUUAAAAUUGUCGACUCUAGAGCUUGUACCAAAGAUGUUUAACAGGGGUAAAAGUAGUGAAGGAUUCACUUCUCAAAACUGAAUUCUUAGCAUUGCGUAACAGAAAAAUAACCCGGGCUCUGGUUCUGAAUAUGCUUAUACAGUAGCUCCUAUACCUUUCUUUAAUUUCCUACAUCCAAUGGGAAUGUUUACUUAAAAUUAGAAUCAGAGCAACAGAAUUAAAUUAAUAAUAAGAAAUACAACAGUCUUUCAGAAAUAGCUCUACUAAAGUUAAAAAAAAGUCUGAAAAAAAAAGAAAUGAACUAAAUUGCUACAUUCUAGCUGUGUUCAAAAGCUAAUUCUUCUUUCCGGGCAACAUUGAUAAAAGAGUGGUGAUACAAAAAAAAAAAAAAGUCUGUAAGCAGUUAACCGUUUUCUUCUGGAAUAACUAAAGCCAAGCACAAAGUAGUUGCCUAAACUGGAAAACUUGAAGAUCUGUUAAUGGUUCUCAAACUUUGUUGUAAAUCUUAAUUGCAGUGAAAACAUGGCUGGUUUUACCUUUGGUGUUGAAUUCAUUGUAUCCUUUUCAAUAAACCCGGGGCAGAGUCAAAUCAUCAUACAACUUCUGUGUUAAGUGGAAUUCAUAACUGUAGUUCUUUUUUUUUUUAACAAACAGAAAAAAUUCCUGGGUAUAUCAGUUUUGUGGGUAAAAAGAAUUUUUUUUAAAGGCUCCAGUUUGGGUGAAAAUCGUGAACUUGAGUGGAAUGUGUGGCAAAGGCACCGAAUAACUUUUUUCUACUGAGCAAAAAUGAUGAAAGGGUUUCGUUUUAAAUGUCCUUUUAAAAAGAACCAGGGUUUGUCAUUCUGGCUCCACUUAGCCAUCAAAACAAUGCCUUUAGACAUUUCUCCACAUCCUGCAAGAUUAAAUGCAAUUUGUAAGAUUUCCAGUUCUUAAAAAAAAAAAAUGAUUCACUACAUCCGAGUUCCUAUGUUCAUGUGACUCUUAUAAAGUGCAACUGAAUACAUUUUUGAAUGGCGUUAACUUUGUCUGAUAAGUGAAUGAGUCUGUAGACUGUGAUCUCCCUGAAUAAAGUAAGCAGGAUUUUUUUUUUGUGUUCGCAAUAUGGUUGUAGUGUUGGUAAAAAGAACUAAUAAGCAGAAAAUAAAGCAAUUAUAC